AUGCAUUGUGUUGGCGUUGGGUUUUGGGCGCUGUGCGCAUUAGCAAAUGCUGAGAUACCAUCGUCUUGUUGCUCCGAGCUUCAAAGGAUUUCACAACUUAACGGGGCAGUAUACAUGCCUGGCACGAUAGAAUAUGAAGAGCGAUUGGACACCUACUAUUCGGCCAACGCUGCUCUCCAUUCUUCCUGCAUGGUGAUGCCUCGCACUACCGAAGACGUCUCAGCGAUCAUGAAGGUCAUUACCGAUAACCAAUGUCCAUUCGGUAUGAGCAGCGGGAAACACUCCGCGUAUCAAAAUUCGAAUGCUGUCGAGGAUGGUAUAACUGUUGACUUUGGAUACAUGAACCAGACAUGGUACGAUACCAAGACCAAAAUCGCCCGCAUACAGCCCGGGUCUAACUGGGGUCACGUGUACGAAGCUCUCGAGCCAUAUGGCGUCACAGCUGUUGGUGGACGCGCUUCUCCCGUUGGUGUCGGUGGUUUUAUCACUGGCGGAGGGUAUUCUUUCCACGCCAAUGUCCGAGGCUUUGGUUGCAAUCAAGUCGUCAAUUUCGAGGUUGUCUUAUCCGACGGCAGGAUCGUAAAUGCAAACAAAACCCACAAUCCUGACCUGUGGAAAAGUCUGAAAGGUGGUUCUGGGAAUCUGGGAUUCGUCACUCGAAUAGAUCAACGUGUUGUCGAGUCGAAUCAACUUUGGGCAGGCUUCAUCUACUUUGAAACAUCUCGGCGAGACGUUGUUUUUGAAAAAUACAUUAACUUCGUCGAGAAUAAUGACAAAGAUCCUGCCUCGCAGCUUACCGCCUCCAUGCUGUGGGACGGGGAACAGUACCAUCUUGUUUCAGUUGUUUCCAAUUCCGAUGCUAUUGAGUCACCUGCUUCAUUCUCAGAUCUUUUCCGCGUUCCUAGUAUCUCUAAUACGACAGCCAAAGGAAAGAUCGCCGAUCUUGUACCACAGUUCACCGGACCAACUCCACUUGGUCUCUACGCCAACUGGAUGACAGGAACCACCAGCAAUGAUAUUCGCAUCAUGAAAUUUGUGUACGAGAAGUUUGAGGAGUGUGUCGAUAGGAUGAGAGCUGCUGCACCCAGCUCUAAGUUCAAUGUGCUUGUGCAGUUCCAGCCAAUGACACCAUCGAUGGUGAAACAAAGUCAAGAAAGCGGCGGUGAUAUCCUUGGACUGGACAACAUCGUUGCUGAAGGCCCUUGGCUUAUGUGGCUCAUCGCUGUCACCGCUGAUACCAAAGAGGCCCAAGACAUGAUCGAUCCAAUGAGACAAGAGUUCAAAGCUGCCGUCGACUCUUAUGCUGCGGAGAUAGGCAUCAAUAAGGAAUGGGUCUAUCUCAACUACGCAACUGGAGAUCAGGACCCGAUAUCGCAUUAUGGGUCCGAUAGCAUUGCUGUUCUUCGAAGGGCAUCUGAAAGAACUUACGUCGUUCUGGAUUCAAGAUAG